CUUUAUUCGUCGAUCCUCUCCCUCUAGGGUUUCCGACGAGGUAAUAAAAUUCUUAACUCUGAUUCCUUUCCCUUCCCUUCUCCUUUUCCUCCUCCAAAGCUCUCUCCUUUCCGUAUUUCUUUUCCUUCUUUUUCCCCUUUUCCAUUACCCAAUUCGUUGUUUUAAUCUCUUCCUCUGCAGAAUUCAGCAAUUUUGCUGCGUUUCUAUUUUAAUUUCGAAUACCCCAUGAUUUUUUUUUGUCUGUUACAUUUUGGGUUUGGAUUUUUUUUUUAAUUUUGUUCAACUUUGCUUGUUUUGAAGUUUUGAUAAAUAAAGUUUUGAUACUGUGUCAGGAAUUCAAGUUUAGAAGAAGAAUUUUGAUCGAGUUGGUAGGCAUCGUUUGUAAGAAUGGAAACUGGUCUGGAUAUCUCGAACUACUUUAAUCGCGACGUGUCACUCAAGAUUAUGACAUGUUUGGACGAUCUAUCUUAUAUUGAUAGUGUCUCUUCUGUCUUCCCCGAUUGGUUAAAUUGGGGUGAGUUGAAACAACUUGAUGUAUUCAGAGACUCAAUUCUUGUUUUGUUCAUCAAUUUUGUGGAAAAGUUCCAUCUGGCGAUUGAUGAUCGUCUUGCCAAGAAUCUGUGCUUGAGUAAGUUUCCUCAAUUAUCUAGAGUUGAUCAUGUUGUUGAACAUUGCUGCAUCGCAAGAAACCCUUGGGUGGAAGGUGGCUCUAGUAACAUGGAAUGGGAAACUUUGAAGAAAGAGCACAGAGUCUAUGCCUUUCUGGCUCGAGGUUGUAAGUCUUCUGCUGAAAGCGAACACUGCAUCAGUGAACCAAUUGAGGCUUCCAGCACUCAUCUUCAUCCAUUGGAAGCCAUAGAAAACACUUUGGAAGAAUUCAAUGGAGUGCCAUGGUCAUACUGGUCAAGUGAAGGUCAAAUUAACCCUGCAGUCCCUGAAACGCUAACUUACAAAUUGGUAGCUGAUUUGUGUGUUAUUACUGAAAUCAGAAUAAAACCUUUCCAAGCUAAUUUCCAGCCGGGUUCGCCUAUAUAUUCUGCAAGAUCUGUACGAUUCCGAAUGGGUCAUUCUCUGCGUGACGAUUAUGUGUGGACUUACACUUCAGAUGAGUUUCCAAUGGUUCAGGAAGCUGAUUUGCAGCCUUUUACGCUUCCAGAACCUGUUCUUUGCAUUGGUGGAAUAUUGCAGAUUGAGCUGCGGGGUAGAGUCCAAGCACCCCCACCACCCCAAGGGGAUGGAUUAUUUUACAUAUGUGUGGAACGUGUUCAAGGUGUUGGACGCCCGUUAUCUUCAUUUGGAAUUGAAAUCCGUGAGGACCCUGAAAAGUUUGUGUUGAAGGCUUUGAGUUGUACACACCCUCCCUUACCUGAGGAAACCCGGGAAGAUGAUUCAGGACAGGAUUUGGAUUCGGAUGUUGAUUCAGCAGAGUCAUGCAUAACCGACCUUACCUGAAGAAACCAGGAAAGACGGUUCAGCACAGGGUUUGGAUUGUUGCCUAUGCAACUAUUUCCACAAAUGUUUGAUUAUGAUCUUCCGGGAAAAUGUAGUUGACGUUGAGAUCUUGGAAUAAGAAUUUGAGGGUGACGGCGGUGGUGAACCAGAUGAAGAGUUCCUCUAAUCCUGUUUUAUAAAAUCAAUACCAUUUU